AUGUCCUCCCUCAAGGGCCCGACCCCGCAGCAGCACGACGGCUCCGGCCUGCGCGUCGCCAUCGUCCACGCGCGCUGGAACUCGACCAUCAUCGACCCCCUCGUCGCCGGCGCAAAGGCCAAGCUCCUCGAGUGCGGCGUCAAGGAGUCCAACGUCGUCGUGCAGUCCUGCCCGGGCUCGUGGGAGCUUCCCUUUGCCGUCCAGCGGAUGCUCACUAACUCCCCGCCGUCGCCCACCAGCCUCUUCUCCGCCUCGCAGAUCCAGUCUUCCUCCACGGGCGGCCCCUCCGCGACCGACCUCCUCGCCUCCUCCACCACCGACCUGGCCUCCCUCCCCAGCGGCGCCGCCUCGGGCCCCUUCGACGCAAUCAUCGCCGUCGGCGUGCUCAUCAAGGGCGAGACGAUGCACUUCGAGUACAUUGCCGACGCCACCACCCAGGGCCUGAUGCGCGUCCAGCUCGACACGGGCGUCCCCGUCAUCUUCGGCGUCCUCACCGUCCUCAACGACGACCAGGCCAAGGCGCGCGCCGGCGUCGACGGCAAGGGCCACAACCACGGUGAGGACUGGGGCCUGGCCGCCGUCGAGAUGGGCGUCAAGCGGAAGGAGUGGGCAGGUGGCAAGAUUGAGGGCUAA